AUGUGCUGUGCCUGCUGCUUUAAUGCGUGUCGGCCUAGAUAUAAAAUUCUUGUGGAUAACAUCUUCCCAGUCAAUCCCCAGGAUGGCUUAGUAAGGAACAAUAUGGAAAAGCUGACCUUCUAUGCUAUGUCGUCACCCGAAAAGUUGGACAGGAUAGGGGAAUACCUGGCUCAGAAACUAAACAAGAACAUCUAUAGACGUCAGAAAGGGUUCGUCACUAUAUCGAUGGAGGCAUUGGACCAAAUACUCCUCACUUGUCACGCGCAGACGCUCAACCUUUUCGUCGAAAGCUUUCUCAAGAUGGUGCAGAAGUUGCUCGAAUGCACAGAGCCAGAUUUACAGAUCCUCGCAACGCAGUCGUUUGUCAAGUUUGCAAAUAUCGAAGAGGAUACCCCGUCAUAUCAUCGUGGUUACGAUUUCUUCGUGUCAAAAUUCAGCUCAAUGUGCCACAGCAAUGAGGAACAGGUGGAUGUCAGAACCAGGGUGAGGCUGGCUGGAAUCAAGGGUCUGCAGGGCGUCGUGCGCAAGACUGUCAACGACGAUCUUCAAGUGAACAUCUGGGAUCAGACUCACAUGGACAAGAUUAUUCCUUCGUUGCUCUUCAACAUGCACGCAGAUGGACGAGGUGAUGUCGCAGUUUCCGGUGGAGUGUCUGGGAAUAAUGAUGAGAUGCCAGCCGUACUAGCUGAGGCGUGUCUCAGAGAUCUGCUCUGCAGGGCAGCGUUUGGCAAUAUCAAAUCGGUUUUAAAACCCGUGCUCAGGCAUCUGCAUCUACACGAGCUUUGGACCCAGUGGCACUGCGACCACGACUUUCCGAUCAGGCUUUUCAAGAUUGUCACGUAUGCGGUGCAGGCGCAGUACUCGGUCGGUAAGAAGUACACGGUGAGUAACACGACGGCAGCGUACGCGUCGGCGACGGGACUUUGGGACCCGCUGCUGCGCAUCGCUCUCACCGAGGACCCGGCGACGCGCCGCCUCACCCAGCAGAUCCUUCACGCUCUCAUCGACCGCCACAAGAACAACGACAAGUUUGCCACGCCCAGCAUCGUUGAAGACAUUGAAGAUUUUGGGCUGAGUCGUGAUAAAUGCUCCCGCCCGGACUACAUGUUCAUGAAGAAGCACGGCGGAGAGUUCCUCUACUGUUGCUACGACAGCUUGCUGAAGUCGAACAACGAGCUGGACAACUUCAGCGCCAUCUAUCAGACGCUCGCGCUGCUCGCCGUAGAGUUCCAACACGACGAGCUGCUCAUCGAGUUCCUGAGGAUCGCCUUCAGCCUGCAGGAGCUGGCGCAGGAGAGCCACUCGUGGGUCGUUAGCAUGCAGAACACGGGCGCGGUGCUACACGGCAUCAUUGCCAGCUACCUGAGUCUCAUCACCAAGCUCAUCGGUCUGUCGGCGCCGAUCACAUACGUCGAGGAGGUUAUUGAGAGCAGGAGGAAGUCGGCUCCCUACCUUCUACCUGACUUUGUGUUUGGCGACGAAAAUGCGGAUGCUAGUGUGCCGAAUCCACUGGAUGUGAAGGAAGAUCUACUGUUCAAGCAGAGCGUGAUGGUGGCAGCCUUGAAGCAGCAUGGACACGACACUACGCGCUUGUCCAUCCCGUACACCCAGAACGCUGUCGAUAGCCUUAAUAAGGCUCGCAGCAUGAGUGACAUCAAGUCCAUAAGCCUGACUGAUGCCGACAGCGCCCACUCUUCUCCUGGAAUCAUUCGGAAAAAUCCAGAAGAAGAUAUCACGUUUGAGUCACUGAAAAUGAUAAUGUUUGAGUCACCAGAGAAGGCAAAGGCCUUGGAGGAGGAGCGACAGCGGAGGAUCGUCGAGACGUUCCGAACAGCACCCUUUGAGGACAUCGUCGCCAGGUCAGAGGCAAAGACACAGCAGAUCCACGACCGUCUGGGUGAGAUCCUCAGUAAGAUCCAGCUGGCGCCGAUCGAAUCUCAGGCGAUUGACCGCAGCAGCCAGGACAGUCUGGACCUCAUCGAGAGCGUGACCACUGACCAGCAGCCCGUCUACGAGAUGACCUAUCCGGAGCUGUUUGUCUACUAGCGUGUCCCUGUCGCAUGCGCGUCUGUAGAGGCGGUCACGAGGCUCGUGUGGCGCGUGCAGCAGCAGCAGGCGUUCAGCAGCAGGUCUGCGAUGGAGGUGCGAUCGGGCAGGUUUAGCUAUGAUCAGUCUCUUGUUGUCGGCCAUAUUGCCGUUAGGAAAUUGUAUAGGCGUAUAUUAACGUGUUAAAGUAGUUCUAUGAUCGUGUUUCCAGCCUAUUCGAAGUGGUUACACUAUGAACAUGUAGAACGUGUAUACAUGUAUAGUAGCUUAAGCAAGGUUAUACUUCUAUAUGUUAACGUUAUGAUAACAAGAUAAGGGAUGUGUUUGAGCAGGUGUGCAUGCAGCUAUGCAGGCAGCUAUGCCUUGUGGCUAGUCGAGUGGAAAUAAAGUAGUUUGCUUAAAGGUUAUAUAUUUAAAGUUAAGUUGUUGCUGGUGGACAGAGAAAGCAUUAGAAGAGGACCUCCACCUUGUUAUAGUUAAUAAAUGUGUUUAUAUAAGUGUUUUAAUGUUAAUAUUUGAUCAGAGCUUUUAACGUAGUGUGUACAUUAUAUUAACAUUAUAUUAAUGCUCCCACGCGAUUUCCGAUUCUAUUUCAUAAUAUCUGUGAUGUUAUAGUGCAGGUUAUACGUUAGGCAUUUCAACGUUUUAUCAUGGGAGGACUAGGUUGCCUCAGCUGUGUUCGUCAUCAUGUAUGUCAAUGUUAUCGAAGCAUCAGUGUUUAAGGUAUUGCACUGUAAGUGUUUGAACCAGCGGACAGCCGUUUUAGUUUCGUGUCAGAAUAUUUAUCUCAAAUCUGAACUUGUCAUCAGUAUUAUUACAUAGGAUAGCAGAUUGUUUAUUGGGUAACUAUUCAACCUGAACAACAUCAUGCUUAUAAACCUGGUUAUUGAAGAAAUAA